UGCACACAUCAUUUUUGUGUUCGAACGGCCAGUACAAGUGUGUCUCUAUACAAACGUGCACAAAUGAUGACCAUAAAGCGUGUUUCUCAAAAGUUACUUAUUCAUUAAUUUUUUUAUUAUUAAUUGUUCAAACGAAACAUCAGAACAACAACAAAAAUCUGUGGCGUUCAUUGGUCAGGGGUCUGUCCGUCAUCUGGCUCCAUUCAACCACACGUCUCCUCUAAAAUAGUCGCAUGACAAAAAGAAUAACGAGGGACGGCACAGAUGAUGUCAUAGUUUCACAGCUUCAGCACCUCCCUUCUUUGUGUUUGCAAGUAGUUGAGGUUUUGCAUCGGCACCUGCCCAGUGGAACAGAGGCAGUCGCUCAGGUGAGGGAAGACAAGCUCUCUCUCUCUCUCUUUCUGCUUUAGGUAGGAAAAUAAACAGAGAAGGAAGGACAGAGCAUUAGUUACAUAUAUGAAGGGGGAGGGGCGGAGUUGCAGGCAGAGCAGCAGGUGAACAGAGGCUGAGACACACCUGUUGUUAAGUAAAAGACACCGGUGACUGGGUCAACAGUGGAAACAGUCAGCAGGGAUCUGUGUUCUUCAUGUAAACGCUGUGCACUUGGGCGAAUAUAGGAAAUGAGAAAAUGAGCAAAAUGAAGACAAACGAGAACUGCUGCAUCACUGGGUGAGGAAGACUGACGAAGAAAACUGCACCACCGAAAAAAGGAGAUUCACAGAAAAAAAAAACCAAGACACUUGAGGAUAGGACUUCUACAUUGUCAGAACCUCUUAGCUCUUCUUCAUCAUGGCCUCCUUGGGGACACAGAUGCUAGGCAGCGCCCUCUGCCUUCUGGGUUGGGCAGGUGUCAUCUUCAGCUGCCUGCUUCCCAUGUGGAGGGUCACAGCGUUUGUGGGCAGCACCAUAGUCACAUCCCAGACAAUCUGGGAGGGUAUCUGGAUGACCUGCGUGGUCCAGAGCACGGGCCAGAUCCAGUGUAAGCCUUACGAGUCCCUCUUGGCCCUCACCGCUGACCUGCAGGCUGCCAGAGCGCUCAUGGUCCUCGCCAUCGUUACGGGGGCUGUAGGCCUCAUUCUGGCCUUCAUCGGUGGAAAGUGUACCCGCUUCCUGGAUGAAGAAGAAGCAGCUAAAGGCAAGGUGGCUGUGGCUGCAGGAGCAGUGUUGAUUGCUACAGGGUUGCUGUGUUUGAUUCCUACGUCUUGGGCAGCUGGUGCUGUGGUGAGAAAGUUCUACAGCGCAUCCAUAGAUGCCCAGCGCCGGGAACUUGGCGCCUGUCUCUACAUCGGUUGGGGAGCUUCCAUCCUGCUCAUGCUGGGAGGAGGUUUGUUCAUCAGCUCAGCGUGUCCACUCAAGGCCCACGACACAGACAAAAAUCAGUCCGUUCGCUACGUGGUCGUCCGCUCCUCCAACCGGUCCAGCCAGGGUGGAUCUCAGCCCAGCAGGGUACCGGCAGUUAGGUCUCAGCCCGUGGGAGCCAUGUUUUCUCGCCCUCAGACUUCAGACGGAGAAUCCACAAAGUCUCAGCUGCACACCAGGCAUCCUUGGGAGGACAAGCCCGGGGAGUCGGAAAGAUCGUGGGCACCUUCGACAAAGUCUCAGAUGAAGAGGCCGGAGUCAACGAAAUCUGAAAACAGUGAGGCCUUGUCCACAAAGUCCCAGCUACAGAACGCAGAAAUGGAAGAAACAAAUGACAGUCAUGACCACGAGGACGUAUCUGCCAAUCCAGCAAGAACCUACUUAUAAUAUUCACUCACUUUUAUACAAGUUGAAAUUGAUAUUUGAACUGAGACUUUUUACUUUUGGAAAAUUGUUUACUUUUUUGUGCUUUCAGGGGACGAAUCAUAAAAUGAAGUAUAAUCCUGUUUACACUCCACCGUGCUGUUACUGUGAGGACUGGACCACAGUUACUGUGUGAAUAUGUUACACUUCAUUAUGUUACAUGCACUAAAUCUGUGUUAAGUGAAGUAUGUUACAGCUGUAUAGUAAAAGUUCAAAUGUUGCUAAGUUUAUUAGCCAGUAGUUUUAAAAUGUCAUGGUUUAAUUUUCUCUUUAUUUUGAGGCAGAGAAGAAGAAUUCUCUCUGGAACAGUUACCUCAGACAUGUUUCCUCAUUUCAGUCUGUCGUUUUCCUGACUUUACAUUAGAUAUAUCUUGAAGAUCCAAAUACAUACAUUUGAAUGUAGUGUUUCACUGAUGAGCAUUAUUUUACCUUUGUCACAACUGUGAAAUGUGGUUUUAUAUUUUAAAUUUGUUUUAUUUAGUUUUGUUUUAUAAACUUUCCAAUAAAUGAAUAUCACCAUCAGAUCAGAACUGUAGGUAGAUUUUUUAAAACUUUUAUUUUUUUCUGUGGACACAUUUCAGGCAUCAGAAAGUCCAUUUCCUGCCCUUUUUAAAAAGAAUUACCAGGACAAACAGGUUUGACAGAGAGUGUUCUUACACAGGAUGAGUGCUGUGUUAGAGGAGGGAGGGAGUGAUGUGUAAAGAAUACAAAAUUAGUUUCACUCAGUGGUGCUGUCAGGUUGUUUUUGGUUUUGGUUAUUUAAAACAGUAUCAAUGUCAUCUGUCAAGUCCAAAAUGUUCAAAAGAGAAUUGCCGAUAAUAAUAAUAAUUAAAAAAAAACACAUAAACUUAAAGGAAAUGAUGCCCUGGUACACGUGUAAUAAUUCACAUCAUUUACUAAAUGGCUGAACUGUAUCAAUUUAUACCUGUUUAUGAAUCAUUUAAAGCAGUGUUUCCCAAACUUUUUUUCUGGGGACCCAUAUUUUAAAAGUCACAAACCUUCGUUUGUGGACAUUAUUCAUAAACUCCCGGGAAACGUGAUGCAAGAUGACCCCCCCACCCCCAAAGUCUCUUGUGAUAAAUAUUAAAAGCUGUAGAUUGUGACGGGGAGUUACCAGCAUUAAAGCCCAGAAGAGAGAGUAAUCACAAACGCCUGAAAUGAUCACAUCCACACAGACUUAGGACAUUCCUAAACCCAUGUAUUACGGAAGCCAAACUCCAGAUUUGUUCAUCCCUAAUAAAUAUAAUUAGACUGUUCAACUUAAAAUAUAUUUUCUCUGUUCAAAUGCAUAAACAAAGGUUCGGGUAGUAGGUUUGUAUUGCAAAAAAAUAAUUCUGGAAAUAAGAGUUGAUUUGGUCCUAGAAAUCCAACAGAAAUGUUGACACUGCAGGCCACAGGUCUGUGGUUUAGAACAUUUGGUUGCACAGCAGCACUCCCACCAUGUGGUCACUCAUGGAUCUGGGCCUCAGUGAGUUUCAGUCUGCUGAGGAGCAGCAGAAGGAAUGUACUGUGUAAAAACUACGUGUAUGUAAAAUUAUAGCAGCAGUUUAAAUACCACUGUGUUUAUAAUGAUGUGUUGAGUCUGUGAAGUUGUUGUGUCUGUAGUUACACUGUUUGUGCAUCAAAACUACUGUCGAAAUCCUCAAUUCUAACAGACGUUCUUUUUAUACUGAAUAUUAAAUGCAAUUACAAUAUUCAUAGUGACAGUUUGACAGUAUGUGAAGGAGCAGCUGUGUGUUCUGAUGUGUUAUAGAUAACAGCUAUACUUAAAAUGAUUCUAAAAAAAUGUAUUUCCUUUUUUUAUUUUUCAAAUCUUCAUUUGUUUCAUUUCCUGGACAGUAUUCUUUGCUGCUCAACUUUUUCCUUUUUCCUGGCAAAAACAUAACUUUUUUGAGUGUGUUGUGUCCCGUUUGUCCUUACCUGACCACAGUGCGGCUUAAAGGAGUCUCUUUAACCAAAGUGGUAUUUAAUUGGUCUCUUUUGUUGGCUGGUUUUGCACUUUAAUCACUGGUGUUUUGGCUGUAACGCUAAUAGUGUUCACCUACAAAUUAUUUCUUCAACAGUUUUUGUUAUUUCGGUUUUGUACCUCUGUACCCUGGCAAGUGUAUUUGAGUUCCAGGAUACCUUUUUAUUCCCAAGGGGGAUAAUUAAAAAAAAAAAAACAGAAUUGUUACGGGGGUUCAUUCUUUUUUCUUUGACUAUUGAAAUGUGAAAAAACUUCACUUCUUUAACUUGGAAGGAAAUUUAUCCAAUUCCAUUUGCUACUAAAAUAGGAUAACAUAGGUGAAAUUCAAUUCAAAUUCAAUUGUAUUUUUUUUCUUUAGCUCUUUUCACAUCAAGAAAUAUAAAUAUUUCCACUUGAACAUUUAAGCACAGGAGCGUUUACUCAACCGCAUUGAUAAGCAAGUCAUAAAUGCAGUAAACAAUCAAUCAGUUAUGGCUGUUCAGUCCAUAGAAAACGUCAGUAUCAAAUCCACUGCUUCAAAUAAACACACGUAGAAUCUCUGGCUGUGCAUUUGCCGAGGAGCCUCUCCCUUUUUAAGAAUGUAAAAAGGAGUGUAGUCUAGUAAAGGUUCACUCACAUGACCCAACUCUGUAACUUCAAAACAUAACGAUAAGUUAUUCACAAUGAGGGUAAUUAUUGAUCUAAACAAGGUGGGAAGUAAGGGUUAUCUCAGGGGGGAAAACACCGAGUCUGCAGUGAUUGUCUCCAACAACGGCCCUGAGAAAAAAAAAA